AUGGCGGGGACCCGCUUCGCGCGGAAGUGCCGCGUGGCCGCGGAGGAGAGUCGGCGUAGAUUAGAGAUGCAGGAGUGGGUUCGGUGGAAGCCUCGCCUGGCCGCGCUGCGCGAGAAAAAUGAGAGCGCACCCCCUCGGGAAGACGCAGGCUUGCAUGGACGUGGGAUUGGCAUCACGGUCCGCACACGCAUCAACACGAUGAGGUCGCACGCGCGUGCCAUGGAGACGAUGAGCAGGUGGCUUCCGCGCGCGCACGGGGCCCCGCGGCCCGCGACGAUCGCGCACUUCAUAGACUGCGCGCACGCCACGGCGGCCGACCCGCGGGGGCCGAGGGCACCCCACAAGAUUCUGCGCGCACUGGUCAGGACGGAGCGGGCCGUGGGCAUCGGUACGAGCGACAGGCUUUCCGCCCAGCUGGAGGUGCGGGCGGUGCUACGUUGCGACGACCACAGCCGGCUCCCGCCGCAGAAUCUCGCUUUCGUGGACGAAGGGCUAACGGCCACGCUGGGACGAACGAAGACCAGCGGAGCAGGGCGUAAGAUGCCGGAGCUUCCGCUAGUGGUAUCCCGAGAGUGCUACAUGCUGGCCCCAGAUUGGAUCCAGGUGGGCGUCGACGUGUGGCAGGGGAUCGCAGAUUUCGAGAGGGGCUAUUUCCUGCUGAGAUGCGACGACGCGGGGCUGGCGUUAGUCCGCAAACCUGCUAGGCACGCCGAGGCAUCAGCAGCGACUCAGGAGGAGCUCCGGAGGAUGCUGAAGCCAGCGGCGUGCACGGGGAAGGUGUUCGAGCUCCUCUCCGAGGAG